UUGUAAUAUCGUAGCAUUCGAGAAUUUAUUACAGUAGGUUGGAGUAUACAAUCGAAAUUAAACUCGCGGAAUUAAAUUAAUUCUAAUAUUUUCUACCUUUUAAUAUAAAUCAUAAACCAAACGAUUCAGUUGUUUAAAAUGAAAUUGAGUGUAUGUAAUUUAAUAUUAUAUUUGUAUAUAACAUGUGACUGUAAUGUUAAAUUAAUGGUAACGCGUAUCUAUUAGGCUGUAUAAAUUGAAUCAAAUAGUAAAAUGGUAAUGGUCUAUCCCUUUGUAAUAGUUAUAGUUGGCACAUGUUUGUCAACCGUGGAAGGAAACGAAUAUGAAGAUGAAGAAAAGAUGUACCAGUUGGUAUCCCCUGAUCAACAUACCCGUACCCCACGCCUGGAGGAUUUCUUCUGGACGGGGUCUGGUGAUGGGCCUCCUCCACCAGACUUGUCACUUCCACUCCCAACGCCAACAGCUCCGAUUGUGCGAACUACCACAGUCCUGGCAACUGUUUAUUUGGAUUCAUAUUCGCCACAGGCGGUGACAGACAAGACCAGCGGGGAAUGCGUGCUCAACUGCGACGCAACACCUGACAGCUUAGAGCCAGACAUUCCAGAGGACCGGCGUUACUGGCUCCUGACCGUCAUCCAAGGGUCCACCCCUGAUAGUCUCCAGCUAAGGCUAGCAAGGUUAUACCAAAAAGCCUUCUUGAGACAACAAGAACGACAUCUUGGUAUAAUCAAAUCUCUUGAUGCACCAACUCCCAGAAAGAAACACGAUGUACAUUCCUUUGUUAUUAAUAAGGAUAAUGAAUUUAAAGACAUAAGUACCAACACUGCCAAAACUCCCCAAAAACUGUACGAUAACCAAACUUUAAUAAGCUUAGAUGAUUUAGCAGUUAAUACAGACAUGCAAGUAUCUGGUAAUGUAACAACAAGUGAUUCCAAGAAUAAAAGUUAUUUAGCAAAUAUAGAAAUGUUUUCAAUAGAUGAAAACGAUUCACCAAUAGAACCGAUUAAAGUAACAAAGCUCAAUGAAGUAGAAACGUGGAUACUAGUAACUCCGACUGUUGUAAUACAUAAGAGGGAUGUGGAAGAAGUAAUUGAGAAUACUAAAGAAGAUCUCAUAGAUCUACCGUUAGAAGAAGAGACGAAUAAUGAGACUGUGUUGUUUAAGAGAGAAAUCAUCAAACCUGAGCAACAACCUCCUGUUCAAGUGCAUAUACAGAAUAUAACUGAGUCAACAGAAGGCAUCGUUCAAAUAGUAUAUGUAGUGCUAGUAGGUGGUAGAGCCGUACCAGCGGCGGUAGCAGCGAGAGACAUGCGUCUAGUGAGAGAUGCUGAAGUUGCGAAGGAACUAGGUGCCGUGGUCACUACUAAAGCUGAGCCAGCGUACCUGAAAGCGGCUGAAGGAUUGGAAGGAGAAGCGGGAACGACUGGCGUGCAUGGCACUGAGCUGUGGGCUUUGGCAGUGGGAUCCACUGUUGCUAUACUGGUGCUCUUGGUUCUGCUGGUUCUGCUGUGUUUUGCUCACAGAAAGAAAAACAUAAAAUCAGCAGCAUCCUUACGCGCGUACAGAAAUGAGCUGAUGAUGGAAGCGGAGCGCAAGCAGAUGAAGCAAAUCAACGACGAGAAGGACUCCAAGUUGAUUAGCGUGGUUUCUCCAAGUAGAACGAGACCCAGCAGUGUUUUACUACCAAUAUACAGAACUGGUAGUGGUUCAGGUUCUUCCAGCACCACUUCGUCUGGUGUGUCGGAAGUGGCGGCCGCUCUUCGGAGACGACAGAAGAAACCACAUGCUCUGAGGAUGCCACAGAAAAAACGAGUGGGAACAACAGACAGUCUGCUCGAAGCAGCUGGCUUGGACAGUUCGGACAGCGGACAAUUGUCGCCUUCCGUACCAGCUACACCUACUUCAUAUCUCUCUAUGCCUUCCGUUAAUGCUUUUCCGAGGGGUAACUUAGUAGAACCACUCUCCAAAAUCCUCGAACCAGUUUCAGUGAGACAUCUAGACAUCGAUUCAUCACCGACCAGCCCCAAGGAAGUCAAACCCAAGAGUGGCAAAGAAGUUGUUCCACGAAGACAGAUGCCAUCUCAGUUGGUACGACUUGGAAGUAUAGAUAAGGACCCCGGGGUGAUUGGACCCUUGGUCUGGGAUCUACACUGCCAGAGGAUAAAGGAUGUGUCAAAGCCGUCAAGUCCUGCGAAGUCAGUGCCGUCAUCAGCUCGCCAACCUGGCUCGUCCCGCAUGAGGCAGCGCUUCAACGAGCUCAUGGAUGAUGCCUUCACGUUGUUCGGCAGCGCGGCUUCAAGUGCUGACUCGCACCACACCUUUACUAUACCCGCCCAAGAGAGUAGGGACAGUGGAGAGAAGACUGCAGAACCAGUGGUGACGCAAGCUCGUAACGACAACGUUCGUCUUCCCGGCUCGCCGUACACCGCCCUACACAUCGUCAGAGGCCGAUCUGCAGGACCCGGGAGAGGUAGUGCCACAACGGACAGCAGCGCGAGUAGACCACGCACCGCGCUGCUGCGAGGCACGGCCGACCGGCCCCUGCCCACCCCGGCCUGGCCUUCUGCACCUUCACAUCGGCAUCCAGUCCCCAUAGUGAACCCAGCUUUCAUCACGGCGGAGGGUAGACUGGCCCCGGAUGACCCGGCUUUGCCGCUCAUAUCGGCUAUCAAGAGCGAGAUACAACGCGUCAGGGAUGAUGCUAAAAAGUCUGCACAUUAAAAUGGGUUUAGUUGAGAAAGGGUCGAACUUCACCUGUUAAUCUAAUGAAAGUAUUUUUUUAGACAACUCACUCAUUUUAUUAGGC